UUUCGUAGUUCGAGUCUGGCAGCUUAACGGCGAUAAAGCUUAACGCCGCCGAAGGGAGCGGUUCCCGAAAUGCAUAAGCACGCGACGCUAUCCUCCCGCGGUGAAAACAGCACUAGCUCAUGCGGAUGUACUGCGGCUGAGAUCUCUGUGGCCGAAGGUUGCGUCAGUUCGCUUGUGGGAAUAUACGAACGGAGGUUAGACUGCGGCUUUAAGUAGGGUUUAGUCGCACCGACAGAGCCUUGUGAAGGAAGUCGAAGGGUCCGGCAUCAUGAAAGGUAGUGUAUAAAAAGGUUCCUUCGUCUUCAUCUUCUGCUUCAAUACAAAACGAAGUACAGCUUCUCUCCAGGAAUCCUCAUACCGUAUCCAUACCUCUUAAUCAACAACAACACCACCUCAAAAUAACAGUCUGAAUAUUUCACCACUAUGGGUUUCAUCUACUCCCAACUCUUCGCUUCUCUCCCAUCUCCCACCUACGACUACACCGGCAAGACCAUCAUCGUCACUGGCUCCAAUGUCGGUCUCGGCAAGGAAGCAGCACGACACUUUACUCGGCUUGGUGCCUCUACAGUCAUCCUUGCAGUACGCUCCAUUGAGAAAGGCGAAGCAGCGAAGUGCGAGAUCGAGUCCAGCACACGGAAGCAAGGCAUUGUCAAAGUAAUGCACCUCGACAUGUCUUCCUACCAAAGUGUUCUUGACUUUUCAGCCAAGGCAUCAAAAGAGUUGGAUAGGAUUGAUGUCGCACUCUUGAACGCCGGUGUUGCGCGAGGCAAGUGGGAGUUAGCUGAAGGCGAAGAAUCGACCGUCACCGUCAACGUGAUCGCCACCUUCCUGCUCGCUUUAUCUCUCCUGUCCAAGCUCAAGGACACGGCAGAGAAGUUCAACACCCGACCCAACCUCACUAUCACAACUUCAGAAGUCCACGCCUGGGCAGCCUUCGAGGAACGUAAAGCGCCCGAUGGCAAGAUCUUCGAGACACUCAGCACAAAGCCUGAGAAGAUGUCAGGUGCCAUGGAGGAACGCUACCAAGUCUCCAAACUCUUAGAAGUUCUGGCAAUCCGUGCGCUGGCAGAGAAGAAGAGCGCACCACAGCUUCCUAUCACCAUCAACUGCGUCAACCCUGGCUUGUGCCAUAGUGAGCUUGCGCGCGAGGCUGGUUGGGGACUCACCAUCCUCAAGUUCUUCUUGGCGCGCAGUGCUGAACUCGGAAGCCGAAAUCUUGUACAUGCAGCAUCUCUGGGUCCGGAGUCGCAUGGGCAAUAUGUGAGCGAUUGUGUGGUUACGCAGCCAUCGAAGUACGUGUUGAGCCAGGAGGGGUGGAGGGACCAGCAGCGAGUGUGGAACGAAUUGGCGGCGAAGCUUGAACGUAUCCAGAAGGGCAUAACAAGUAAUUUAUAGACGUGGCAGUGCGUUAUGGAGGGAAAUUGGGUGUAGUCCAGCCUCAUGGAAAUUCACACAUGUAACGGGUUAUUUAUGAUCAAUUUGCUUUUGAUUCCACAUACAACCAUAGGAUGUUGAAAACAAGUUCUCCCAUCCAAUCUGCCAUCUGUCAUGGCAACAUUUUGAGAAGGCCAUUAUGUGCCUUCCUGUUUUUGGUAACCAUACACGCGGCUGCCAAAAAAGCCCGC